AUGAAGUUUGGCUUCGCUGCAAUCAUCGCGGCCUUUUUGCAAGGCGCCAUAGCCGCUCCAGCUGGUAAGGGAAAGCUUUGCCUAGAAAAUGGCUGGAAUUGUUUCAGUGAGCUCACGGAAAUGAACAAUAUAGCCUGGAAAGAGGAUACCAGAUUGGCCAACAAGCGUGAUGCCGAGGAUGUCUCUGACUUUCUCUACGACGCGGGCCAUCCUUGGUCCUAUUCUAAGCGUGCUCAGGAUAAGCCAGAGGAUGUCUCUGACUUUCUCUAUGAUGCGGGCCAUCCUUGGUCCUAUUCUAAGCGUGCCCAGGAUAAGCCAGAGGAUGUCUCUGACUUUCUCUAUGACGCGGGCCAUCCUUGGUCCUAUUCUAAGCGUGCCCAGGAUAAGCCAGAGGAUGUCUCUAACUUCCUCUAUGACGCGGGCCAUCCCUGGUCCUAUUCUAAGCGUGCCCAGGAUAAGCCAGAGGAUGUCUCUAAUUUUCUCUACGACGCGGGCCAUCCCUGGUCCUAUGCUAAGCGUGACCAAGAUAAUGCUGAGAAUGAACAGCAAGGAGGUAUAAUCGCCGAGGGAAAGGAGUGA